AUGGACAAACAAGACCAAACAAGCAACAACAAGCCAAAGGCUUGUCACAGUCCUUUGUACACCAAGUACGGCCUCGGCACAACCGCGUUCUCCGCGCUGCAGGGUGGACUGCUGACCGGGAAGUACAACGACGGCAUCCCAGACGGCACGCGCUUUGCUACCGUGCCCAUGUUCCGUGGGGCGACGGAGGGUGCCCAGGGCGAAGAGCUGCUUCGGAAAGUGCGCCUCCUCGGCGAAAUUGCCGCCGAACUCAAUUCCACGCCAACCGCGCUGGCGCUAGCGUGGGUUGCCGCGCACCGCCACACCUCCACGGUUAUCCUUGGCGUGUCCUCCGUCGCGCAGCUCGAGGCAAACCUCGCCGCGCUUGAGGUGCUCCCCAAGCUGGAUGCUGCGGUGUUGGCGCGUAUCGAGAGCGUGUUGGGCAACCGCCCGCAGGAGCCGGAGACUUAUGGUCGCCCGCCGCUUAACCAAGGUAUCCUUUGA